GAUUACGUUUUUGGUAUUGAAUCAAAUACAAUAGAUUUAUAUAAUGCAAUUGCCAAAAAUAUAGUAAAGUCUUCGUUAUAUGGUAUAAAUGGUACAAUUUUUGCAUAUGGUCAAACAUCAUCCGGUAAAACGCACACAAUGAAAGGAAGUGAACAAAUCCCAGGUAUUAUUGGUUUAUCAGUUAAUGAUAUUUUCCAUUAUAUAGCAGAAUCAAUUCACGAUAGGGAAUAUUUAUUAAAGGUUUCAUAUUUAGAAAUUUAUAAUGAAGAAAUCAAAGAUUUAUUGAACCCACAAAAAUUAAAGCUCAAAAUUCACGAAGAUAUAUAUAGAGGUGUUGUUGUCAGUAAUUUAAGAGAGGAGAUGGUAUCAUCACCAAAUCAUAUUUUUCAAUUAAUGAAGUAUGGUGAAGAAAAAAGACACAUUGGUGCCACAAAUAUGAAUGAUUUUAGUUCUAGAUCACAUACAAUUUUUAGAAUGAAUAUUCAAAGUACAGAUAAAACAAAUGGAUCAAUUCAAAUGUCAACAUUAACAUUAGUCGAUUUAGCAGGUAGUGAAAGAGUAUCAUCAACUGGUGCAGAGGGUGUACGUUUAAAGGAAGGUACUCAUAUUAAUAAGAGUUUAAUGACAUUAAGUAAUGUAAUUUCUAAACUUAGUGAUGAGAAGGUUCAAAAGAAGCAUAUUCCAUAUAGAGAUAGUAAAUUGACUCGUAUUCUCCAAACUUCAUUGGGUGGUAAUUCCAAGACAGCCAUCAUUUGUACUAUAACACCUGCAGUUACUCACCAAGAAGAGUCAAUUUCUACAUUAAUGUUUGCCAGAAGAGCCAAAAAAGUUAAAAACAAUUAUAAAAUUAAUGAAGUUGCCGAUGCAAACACAAUGAUAAAGAAAUACGAGGUAGAGAUUCUCCAGCUUAGGGACCAGUUG